CCUCCUCCUACACCCGCACUUCCCCAACGACACAACUCUUGUAGCCCGCACCGAGUAGAGGCCCAAGUCGACCUCUACUUUCCCUUCUCCCAGCCGACGCGCACUCCAGUCCGAGCGCGCGUUGUCUGAGACUGCCGCAAUCAUGGCGCCGAAAAAACAGACCCAGAAGAUGUCCCUGGGGGACUUUCUGGGCGAUCAAUCUCUUGGGUCAUGGGCCGACGAGAUGGAGGACAUGCCUGUUGCUCCAGCUGCCUCUGACCGCCCCGGCUACGGUGGAGACCGUCGGGCUUUCAGCAGCGCCCCUAGCUUUGGCGGUGAUCGCUUUGGCACAGACCGGGGUGGCGACCGCGACCGUGGCGAUCGUAGCUUCGCUCCUCGCCAGCAGCUUCCCCUCCCAACCAAGCCACCAUUCACUGCCCAUCUCGGCAACCUGCCAUUCGACGCCACCAGCGUCGACAUCGAGGACAUCUUCGCCAAUUGCGAGAUCAUCAACGUGCGCCUUGUGGAGGACAGGCUGGAUCGAAAGCCCAAGGGCUUCGGGUAUGCCGAGUUCAGAACUCUUGAGGGCCUGAAGAAGGCCCUCGAUCUGAACGGCACGCCGCUGAAAGGCCGAGACAUUCGUGUUAGUGUAGCGGAUCCUCCUAAGGACCGUCCUGAAGCUCGUGAGUUGAACGAUUGGACACGUAAAGGCCCCCUCCCGGACCUUCCUCAGCAGCAGCAGCGCCGCGCAUCGGAACGUACUUUUGGUAGCGGCUAUGAAGCACCACCCAUGGAGCGAGGCGGCAGCAGACGGAGCAAUUUCAACGAUGGUGACGGAAAGGUUCGGGACCUUAAUAACUGGGAGAGAAAGGGCCCACUAUCCCCAGUGCCAGCCGCCGCAGCACCCCAAGGUCGUGACGGUGGCCGGACAAGGGAGCCACGCGAACGCAAGCUCUCACCUUCGUGGGGUGAAGGCACUGGACGAUCUAGCGGGUCGCAAGAUGGCUCAAGGCCACCCAGACGAGAGUUUGCCCCACGCCCUCCAGAGCGACAGCCCACGGCAGCGGAGAGGGAUACUCAAUGGCGAGCCAAGAUGCGCCCGGAUCCUCCAGCUCAGUCCACCAGUCCGACUCCAGAGCCGAGCGUGCCAUCAUCACCCGCACAACCUGCUCCACCGGCGACACGACCUAAGCUCAACCUGGCCAAGCGGACCGUCUCCGAGUCACAGCCAGCGGAGCCUAUCUCGACGGCUGAUUCAAAGUCCAGCCCCUUUGGAGCUGCUCGUCCAAUUGACACCGCCGCACGUGAACGCGAAGUCGCAGAGAAACGUGAACUCGCCUUGCGACUGAAGCGUGAAGCUGAUGAAAAGGCCAGGGAAGAGAAGAAGGCUCGCGAAGCAGCUGCCAAGGAAGAGGCAGAAGCAGCCAACGAGAAUGGCAAGGCUAACGGCCAAAAGGAGAACGGCGAUGCGACUCGUCCAGGUUAUCAAAUCUUGGCUCGUGAAAAUGAAGGAGGGGACGACGAUGCCGAGGGAGAGGGAGAACCUGCUGGUCGUGAUGCUACCACAAACGGGGAGGUCGUCGACGACAAGGCAGCGAAGCCACGCGAGUUUGUGCGCGAACCUCCCAGAGGCCCCAAGGCCGAGCGUCGUGGUGGUGCCGCGGCCAGCGGGGACUGGAGACGCAAGCCUUCGGCGCCUGCAACGCCAGCGUCCCCCAAAGCAAACAACACUGCCGAGUCCCUUGAGGAAGACGGCUGGAGCACUGUGCCUAGCAAGCAGCGCGGUCGUGGUCGCGGCGGCGCUCGUGCUGUUGCCUCCUAAAUCGACCAUAUGACAUGUUCGACGAUCACGUACACGCAUACACGCAUACAUGAUUUACUGAGGCCUGCUUUGUGUGUCUUUCUUCGCUCUCUGGUGAAUCAUGACACGCAUCUGCUACAGGGGAGCAAUUACUACAAAGGCGUUCUAUAUCUGCGGAAUCAUGGCGUUGUUGCUUUGCUUGCUUUCCCGCGUGUUUUGUGUUUGGAUGCCUUGCAUAGACUUGAAACUGUUUGUCGUUGCGAUUCAGCGUUUCUGCUCGCCCCGCGGCGGCAAUGGAGAUUCACUUUCUGCCUCCACUUCUUUGCUGCGACGGAACACUUGCGCAACACAAAAUGCCUUCUCCACUUUCGACACGACACGCUUCACUGCAUUUAAGUGCUUGCACUGAGUGAGACGACAAUUGGCUUUCGCGUUGUUGUCUCACGUCCUCGCUCUUGUUCGUCAUGGGUUGGGCUGAAAACAUCUCUCGUACUAACGUCCAUGGAGUCUGAGUUUUGGGGCAAGGGCGGCUGGGCAAAAAUCCUUCCAACUCUUCUUUUUAUUUCGCAGCAAUGUCAUACUCGAUGUAUCUGGUGUACGGAAGCUUUGAUAACCGAAGAUGUUCGUUUGCAUGUUUACUGCACAUGCGCACGUCAGAUACUGGUCAGUGGUUGUCGUGGUGUCGUUGGAGCUGUGCAAGUCUCACAUCCGAGGACGGGCAACACGAGCGGAGCGAUUUAUUUGUCUGUACGGUAAUUGAAGAGCAAUAGUGAAAAUAGAGCUACCACCCUCCACUUUGCA